UUUCAUAUAAGUUACGAUGUUGUUCCCUCAAAUGGAGAGUGAAGAUGACCCAAAACCCAGAAGUGUGAAUACUGAACAAACAGCAUAGUAUUUGGCGCUGCAAUUCUCUUUCAGAAACCUUUUUGUUUGAGCUAAUCCUUUUUAUCAAAAAAUUUCACCCCUUCAAAAUUUGGCUCAAAGGGGCUUUUUCUCUUUCUCUGUCACAGCUUUCAGUCUGUGGCAGGUCUCGGCGUGCUCCUCGGCAUCACUCGCUUCUCUCUGCAAAUUCACUUCCGCUGCAAUGGCAAGGAUUGCAAAUCACACUUCCUAUUGUCACUGUGACUUAGUUAGGAACGCAUUACAAUUUCCAUAGAAGGUUUGCCAUUGAAUGGAAUAGUUUCAUACUGACUAGAAAUUGACCCUUUUGGAUUGUGCUGAUUUUAAUGCCUAUUUGUUAGCAGGGAAUGCAGAUAUUUCUUUCAGCUUUGGAAUAUACAUAUUUGUAACUUUGUCAAGAUAAAAAGCACCCUAUUGUGCUUCUCAUGUGAUACUUGGAUGCAUAACUGUCUUUGUAGUAUUCCAUGCUUUGUAAUGCAACUUCAUAUUCGUGAGAAAGAUGUCUACAUCAGUUAUACAAUUUAUAUAGCUUCUUCAGUGUUGUUAUUCAGGGAAACUUUAGGGUGAGAAUUCAUCUGGAGCAGGCUGAGUCAUAGUUGUUGCACAUGGCAAUGAUAUACGCUUUUUAACAUCUUGAAUUAUUGUUGCUCUUGUGGUCCUGUUAUUAUUGAAGAUAGAGGAGGAAAUGGGAAAAAUAGCUCUUGCAGCAAUAAUGAGCUUAUGUGUUAUUCCUGCCUCCAUAAUGGUUAAUCGCAUAGUUCCUGAGCCAUAUAUGGAUGAGAUAUUUCAUGUACCACAGGCAAAGCAUUACUGCAAGGGAAAUUUUGGAAGUUGGGACCCUAUGAUUACCACUCCUCCUGGCCUGUACUGUCUUUCACUUGCCCAUGUUGCUUCUUUGUUUCCAGGCUUGUACUCUGUACAAGCUAUUUCCUCAUUUUCUGACAUGUGCUCUGUGGCAAUCCUUCGAUCAGUUAAUGGUGUCUUAGCAAUUGUCUGCAGUGUAAUUUUAUACGACAUAAUUAUGCAUUUGAAGCCAACACUUACCAAGAGGAAGGCGAUGCUUCAAGCAGUGGUCCUAUCCUUGUACCCCCUUCACUGGUUUUUCACUUUUCUCUAUUACACAGAUGUUGCAGCUGUUACGACAGUGCUGGCUAUGUAUCUAGCAAGUUUGAAGAAAAAUUACUGGUUUAGUGCAUUGAUUGGAGCAUUGGCAGUUGUUAUUCGACAAACAAAUAUUGUAUGGGUGUGUCUUGUUGCAUGCACUGGGAUCAUAAAUAUUUCUGUGACUCAUGGAAAGCAAAAUACAAAAUCUAUCAAGUCUGAUGUGUCUGCCAAGCAUGGUUUAGAAUAUGCUACCGGUAUUAAUACAGAGGGUUUCAAUCUGAGAAAGCGAAAAAAUGUUCAAUCUGGGAAUACUAUUGAACACUCAUCAUCACGUGAUUCUUCUCCUUCCUCUUACUCAGGUUUUGCUGAUGAAUUAUGGGCCAUCCUUUUAACAUUACGGUACAUGAAAUGGGAGAUUCUAAUUUCAUUUUGCCCAUUUCUCAUGGUGGUGGUGGCCUUUAUUUUAUUUGUCUAUUGGAAUGGAAGUAUUGUUCUGGGUGCAAAAGAAGCACACGCAGUUACCCCACAUUUUUCUCAGAUGCUUUAUUUUAGUUUGGUUUCUGUACUGGCUCAGGCUCCUAUGCAUAUCACUAUCACCCAGGCUGUGGACUUGUUUCGUAUGUUUCGGAAGAGUAGGGCCCUUCUAUUCUUUCAGAUGUUCCUGGCCCUUGUAGUUGGCAUGCUCUCAGUACACUUUUUCAGUGUAGCUCAUCCAUACCUUCUUGCUGAUAAUCGGCAUUACCCUUUUUAUCUUUGGAGGAAAGUUAUAAUGGCUCACUGGACAAUUAAAUACCUUCUGGUCCCAGUUUAUAUAUGUUCAUGGCUUUCCAUCAUCCACAUGUUGGGAAAAACAAGGAGUAAAAUAUGGGUUUUGGCAUACUUCUUGGCCACUGCAGCUGUUCUUGUACCAGCUCCACUGAUAGAGUUCAGAUACUACACCAUACCAUUCUAUUUCCUGGUGCUUCACUGUGACAAUUGUGAUGAUCAAAGUUGGAUUCUCACAGGCAUACUGUAUAUUGGGGUCAAUAUCUUUACAAUGGCCAUGUUUCUGUUUCGGCCUUUCCAUUGGGCCCAUGAGCCUGGAAUUCAAAGGUUUAUAUGGUGAUUCAAUUCAUUGAAAAAAAAAACAGCGAAACUACCUUUUUUGUGAGGCUUUUACCACCACCAGUUUUACAAGAGUGGAAUUUUAAAUCUUAGUUAUCUUUCUGAGUGAUUUAAAUCUCCUUAGUUGAUAUGAUAAUCCUUUUAACUAUUGGAAGAAAAGUUAGUUUUUCUUGUUGAA